CAAAAAUCUAAAUGUUAAAUUUUUUAUUUUCAUCUGAGCUAUAAUGUGCAUUUGCUCAACUCGUGUACUCAAAAUCGUUCUUUUGGCAUUCAUACAUCUUGCCGCAGGAUUUAAUGGCGCGCAAAUAGCGAAGGACAUUACUUUGCUGGAUAAACUGGUGGGUCACCAUCAUGUUAUGCUUACUAUAAGUCUAGCACUAUGUGUUAUCAUACUAGUUGUUCUCUUAGUUGCCAUUUUUGCUGCUAUUCGUCAUCAUAUAUUGGCUUUAAACGUGACGCUUGUUUUCUUGAUUUUUAAGUGUGUAGCAAAGGGUAUUAUCGUAAUCGUUUGCGUAUUAACCGCAGAAACAGGUAUUGAAAAUACUGCCGCACAUUUUUGGUUCUUUCUAUGCUGGAAAUUCACGUGUUGCUGUAUGCUCUUUAAUCUAUUCUUUUAUAUACGGCUAACAGAGAAUUCAAGACAAGCUGACUAAUUCUUAUAAAGAGUAUUGAUUGUGUUCUUCGAACGAAAUAUUUUCAAAUUCUAUCUUGACAGAAUGUGCUUUUGUCCGACACUUGGUCUCAAAAUUGUACUUUUGUUAGUAAUACCUAUAACCGCAGGAAUUAAUGGUGCUCAAAUAGCCAAAGAUGUUUCUAUAUUGAAUUUAUUAAAGGGAUACCAUUAUAUUAUGCUUAUUAUAAGCCUAUCCCUGUCCGUAGUUAUACUGGCGACUCUGGUUCUUUUAAUAUAUGCGGCGAUCUGUAAUAAAAUUCGAAUUCUGAAAGUGAUGAUCUUUGUUUAUGUAGCCAUCGUCGUGGUGAAACUGAUAAUUCUGUUCGUGUGUCUAAGUACUGAAUUGAAUCCUGACAAGACGACAGCCCAUCCCAUAUUUAUGAUAUGCUGGCUCCUUACGUUCUUAUGUAUGGCCGUUAUAAUAAUAUACUGGCUUCGGCUACAUGACCUUGCCAACGAAGACAAUUAGACUGGUAUUGAAAUGAAUACUAUGAAUACUAUGAAUACUAUCUGGCAUAAACGCAAAAUAUCGUAUUACCUCCUCAUUAGAUCCGUCAUUGUGAUUUUCAGUGAUUAAUGUUAAGAUAUUAACUAUGUCGAAUAACCAACUGCAUUAGAGCAAAAACGGAAACUCACUGGAAACUUCAUUAAUGAAUUCAAUUGGAGUUAAUACCAAAAGCUAGCUGAAUUUGCAAAUUAUAAUGGACAUCGUAUUGUUAUACCAUCGAAAGCAGUGUCAUUUUAGGUCAAAAAUAUAUAUAUUCGUAUUUUUCGGAUAAAAUAUGGUGGAUAAUGAGGAAACGGGAUGCCUUCAAAGAUUACUCAGCGUUGGAAAGCUACAGAUUUGCAAGUUCAUAAUCUACUUUGUGUGGUUGGUCAAUUUCAUUUUCAGCUGUGCGGAUAUUUACAUAUACUAUUUCAUACUGAAGGAACACAUGCCUUGCUGGGAUUGUUUGUUCAGGUCCUACAUGAUAAUCGCUCUAACCGUAAAUGCCCUAAUGGCGCCGCUGCUGAUAGUCGGUUUUUUCUUCAUAUAUUCGCAUUUAUGCCGCGAAAUACGCAUUUAUGCCACAGUACUCUUCCUGGCAACAUGGUUGCAGAUGAUGCUGACUAUACUGUUUGCACAACAGUACCAAAUUGUUGGAGAUGUACUUCGAAUAUGGAUGAAUCGCAAGAGUUUGGAAUUCUACGAAAGUCGCUGCCAGUGCUGCGGAGUUUUGGGACCUGACGACUACAAGUUGGGCGAUCUGAAUAUCCCAAAAUCCUGUUACAAGAAUGGCAGUGAAAGGGAUGAGGACCUGUACCGAUCAGGCUGCUCCACGCGCUCCAUAAAGCCCGCGUCGCCCAUCAUCCAUGUGAUCUCCUUCGUAAUUCAGUAUGUUUUAGUCAUAUGCAUUGAGGUAUUCCUUAUUAUCCUGUUAAGGAGCAAAUCCCAACCCACAAGUAUGUGGUCUGAGCGGGUCACCGAAAGGUUUGGUAGUGUAAAAAAGUGACUUGCAGUUCUAUUCGGAUUUGGGAAGCAAUCCUAAAGAACAUCUCUGAACUUUAGGGCUAUUUUCCAACAUUGCAUGGAACUUAAGCAGCAGAUUUUCAUGUGAAUUGCAAUUUUGGGUGCGGUUUUCAAUUCACAUUGUACCGGGCAUGAGUAUUGGCAUUCUGGCGGGCGAGACAAAUUGGAUGCUGCCGGCUAUCGUCAUAUUUCACGGACUGCAAUCAAUAACGAUAAACACUUGAGUCGCAAAUCCAAUGUCCAGAAUCCUGUCCAACAACGGCAUGCAUAUGGAUGAGCCAAUAAAGAAAUCAACAAAGCAUGUCGGGCGAUUGAAAAAGUAUUGCAAAUACCCCGGAUAGCUGGGGAUUCGGACACGGAAUUGGACUCCAAUCCGGACAAUAUGCAAAUGCAGCUAAGCAGAAAAUAUUCAAGGACGAUCCAGCCCCACCCCCUUCAACAAACGCUCAAGUUUAUAUAUUCAUUUUGUGUCCCUCGUCCCGCGCAUAAAUUUUAUUGUUGUCAACAUUAAAUUCUAGUCGUGAAAAAC